AUGGCAGACUCAAUGUUGAUGAUGCAUGCCAAAAUAUCCAAAGGUGCCUUCUUGGGCGUGCUCUGGGCGUUUACGGCGACUGACACUAUCAUCGUCCUGUUUCGCAUAUUUGUCCGAAUUGCCUUUUUCCGUCGCCUCUUCGUCGAUGAUUUCUUCGUCCUACUCGCAUGGGCCAUUAUGCUGACAAACGCGAUCAUCUGGCAAAUCCAGGGGCAAGUGCUGUACAAGUUGUAUGCGAUCAGCGCUGGCCAGGAACCAUACACCCCCGCCGUUCUGCCCAUGUUCGAAUCAUUUAUGCGAUAUAUCGCUCCUAUGACUAUCAUGUUUUACUCCGGGCUGUGGGCCAUCAAGCUCUCGUUUAUGUCCUUUUUUUUCCGCCUCGAUUCCAAGGUCAAGAGCCACCGUAUCUGGUGGUAUGUUGUUAUGGUGGUCAUCGGAGGCGUCUAUAUUGCGUCCGUGGCCGACGUUGACUACAAAUGUAGCCUAGGCGGGAUGGAGUAUAUCAUCACCAAAUGCAGCGACCUCGAUCAUGUCCAUUAUCAGAACCGCACAUUCUGGGCCAACUGUGCUGGAGAUAUUGUCACAGAUAUCUUGAUCCUCUCAAUCCCUAUUCUCAUUCUAUGGAACACCCACAUCUCGCUCCGUAAGAAGUUAAUUCUUUUCAGCAUAUUCUCCGCGACCGUCCUUAUUAUGGUUGUGGCCAUUAUCCGAGUGGUUGUCAAUAAUUCUCUCAACAGCAGUGUGGAUAUCGGCUGGUUGUACUUCUGGAGUUUCGUUGAGAUGGGAACCGGGAUCAUUAUUGCGUGUAUCGCUUCGUUCAGACAGCUCUUCGUCAGCUCACAAAACCAGCAUCUAUUUGGCAAGGUCAACCAUACCCCACAUAACCCGCUGUUGGGCGUACCGGGCAAGAAAUAUGGCCUGUCGCGGGAAUGCUCUGCUAGGGACACGGAGUCACAGACCAGUGAUACGGCGAUUGUGCCGAUGGAUUCUGUGCACGUUCGUAGUGACUUUGAAGUGACUACUUCACCUAAAAGGUGA